AUGCGUGAUUGUAAUAGUGCCGGAUAUAUUGGUUUGCGGUUGUGUGUAAUUGCGUUGGUAAUAAUUGUUGAUAAUUGUGGUGGUAUUUUUGGUGAUAGUAAUAAUCUGUUGGUAGAAUCUGGCUUGGUGGCAACUGGUGCAUCAAUAUGGGUACAAGGGAAUGUGGUUAAGAGCCAAGGGUCAAAACAAAAGGUGGAACUGAAUGUCAACAAAAUUAUAGCGGUUGGCAAGAGUGAUCCUUCCUAUCCAAUUCAAAAGAAAAGGGUCAGCAGAGAAUUUUUGAGAACUAAAGCUCAUCUUCGUCCUAGAACAAACACAUUUGGUGCGGUUGCAAGGGUAAGGAAUGCUUUGGCCUAUGCUACACACAAGUUCUUUCAAGAAAAUGGGUUUGUCUGGGUCUCAAGUCCUAUUAUCACAGCUUCAGAUUGUGAAGGAGCAGGUGAACAGUUCUGUGUUACUACUUUGAUUCCAAGCUCUCGGGAAGCAACUGAUUCUCUUGUGGAUGGCAUUCCAAAAACAAAGGACGGGUUAAUUGAUUGGUCACAGGAUUUUUUUGGCAAACCAGCAUUUUUGACAGUCUCCGGCCAGCUCAAUGCCGAAACAUAUGCUACUGCUCUUUCUGAUGUUUAUACAUUUGGUCCCACAUUUCGAGCAGAAAAUUCUAAUACUUCUAGACACUUGGCUGAAUUUUGGAUGAUUGAACCAGAACUUGCAUUUGCUGAUCUGAAUGAUGAUAUGGCUUGUGCAACUGCCUAUCUCCAGUAUGUAGUCAGGCAUAUCCUUGAAAAUUGCAAGGAAGACAUGGACUUCUUCAAUACUUGGAUUGAGAAAGGAAUCAUUGAUCGAUUGAGUAAUGUUGUUGACAAAGAUUUUGUCCAGUUGACUUAUACUGAUGCCAUUGAACUUCUUCUCAGAACAAAUAAGAAAUUUGACUUCCCGGUGAAAUGGGGAUGUGAUUUGCAAAGUGAGCAUGAGCGUUAUAUAACUGAAGGGGCUUUUGGUGGAUGCCCAGUCAUAAUAAGAGAUUAUCCAAAGGAGAUCAAGGCAUUUUAUAUGAGGCAAAAUGAUGAUGGGAAGACUGUCGCAGCCAUGGAUAUGCUGGUUCCUCGGGUUGGGGAGCUUAUUGGUGGAAGUCAAAGAGAAGAACGGCUUGAAUAUUUGGAAGACCGUUUGGAUGACUUGAAGUUAAACAAGGACAGCUACUGGUGGUAUCUUGAUCUGCGGCGGUAUGGUUCAGUUCCUCAUGCGGGAUUUGGACUUGGCUUUGAAAGACUGGUGCAAUUUGCAACUGGAAUAGAAAAUAUAAGAGAUACUAUACCUUUCCCUAGGGCACCUGGUUCAGCUGAAUUUUGAUGGCAAAAUUUGUAAGAUAUGAUUUAAUUCUUCCUUGCGUCCUCUCUCUCUUCUGACUUUUACCCUCUCUCUCCUUUUGAUAAUUAUUUGCUAAAUCUGUUGGCUUUCUCUCCCUGUCUUUGGCUUUGAAAUAAUAGCUUAACCUCUUAGGUAAAAUAUUGUCCCGGGUGAUAUGAUGACUGCCCUUAUCAGGCAUGAUUGGCGGAUUGCUAAUGUUGUGUAAAAUUUUAUCUAACUGACUGUAAAUUUAUGCAUCUAUUGUUGUCUUUA